AUGGCAAAUGGUUGGAAUCUAACUAACUUCGAGCCAGCCUGGUUAAAAAUUCAAAAUAGUGAGAAGAGUGGACCGAAGUUUAGUUUCGAUCGAAAUCGUUCGGUAAAUAAUUCACAAACAUCAAAUAGAAGUGAUACAUCAACAUCGUCAAAUUCAUCAUCGCCUGGAGCAGUGACAAAUUCAGCCAUCCAUAAUAACAAUUCUAAUGGCGGAGAUAAAAGAAACGAACGUUGUCGAAAUAAAUCCAUCGAGCCAGUAAAUGACCAAGAUCUAUAUCCAGAAUCGUCGAAUGGCGGCGGAUAUUUCUCAAAUCAACAGCCUCAACAAACAAGGUCAUAUAGCCGAGAAAGAAUGGCAAUCACAACCAGCCCGUAUAUGUUGCAAAAAAUUAUUCUCUCGGGGGAAAAACCUCUUUCAACUGAAACAAAUCUUAGUGUGAAUUUAUAUUUGCAGAAUCCUUCGUUCACUCAUACUGACUCACAAGAUUGUGUCGAUAACAAUAAUUCUUCAGCAUCCGGUUAUUUUAACGGAUUUCGUUCAUCAUGUGGUGGCAGUAGUCAACGUCGUCAACAUUCUACAUCAUCCUAUAGCAAUAAUGACGAACAACGUAGUUAUCAGAAGUAUAAUAAUUCAACGACAGCGACACUACAGACAAAUAGAAAUAGCAAUGGAGGUCAUUAUUAUCAAAGUCCUUAUCACAAUAAUUCACCAUCAACAAAUCAUUCUUCAUAUCAUAAUUAUCAUUACGGCACAAAUCAACAUAAUGGAAAUACAGCAACAUUCGCAGGCAAAGGCGAAAACUCAGUGAACGAUACCGGCAAUAAUAAUAAUACCAGCAUCGAAAUCAGCAACGAGAGUGCAAAUGGAAACCAAUCAAACGAAGGUGGUUUUGAUCCACUUGAACAAGAUUUUCCGUCGCUUGGCGGAAGAAAAACAUUUGGUAUAAAAUCACACUUAUCUACCGGUAGCAGUGACGGCAAUGAAGCUGUCAAUGGUACUGAUCAUUAUAGCCCAAAAUCGACAUUUUCAACAAAUGGUACAGAUGGCAAUUCGAUUAAUUCAACAUCAUUAUCACCUUCAAGUAGUAUUUGGGCAAAUGCAGCUGAGAAACUACGUUCAAGCCAUUUUGAUCAAAAUAUUGCAAUAUCUCCUGUUCAUCCUGUUAAAAUUCUCGAACGAUCAUCAUCGUCUUCAUCAGCAACGAAUACAUUAACACGUCCCAGCAAUCAUUUUACACCCAGUCGUAUUUUAUCACGAAAAGAUCGUUUAUCAAGUGUAUCCAACAAUUCGUCAUUAACAUCAGCAUCAUUAUCGAAUUCAAACGCAAAUUUAUUAUUGAAUAACAGUUUAAACUCAAAACCAAUUGUCCUAGAGUUACCGACAAAUUGUAUAACACAAACAAAAAAUAUGGAUAAACGAAGUGAAUUUUUUAAUUCUUUAAAAAAUCCUACAACCACCAGCAACAGUCAGCAUCAGUCAGUAUCGGCAAUAAAUGGUGGUGGUAGCGAAAUAAAAACGAACGACUGUGUGCCAUCGAAACGAUCUUCAUCGAAUGACACUACUAUCGAUAAUGAUUGUAUGGUGAAAGAUUCCAACGUAUCCUUAUCACCUAAUACUGAUCUAACACAAACACCAUCAAUACCAAUGCCUGAACCUCAAGAAGAAAAAGAACUAUUAGCUCGAAUGGGUUGGAAGGAAAAUGAUGAUCAAAUUUACACAAUAACAGAAGCUGAUAGAGAAGAGUUUGAAAAUAAAAUGAAACUGAUAACGAAAAGCCAAGAGAAGAAGUACUCAUAUUUAAUACGUGCCAAGUACUUGGAAGAACUUCGAACACUUGCAUAUAUUUCGCAAGUACUUACCAAGCCUUGUGUGAAAGAUAUUGGCAUCGAAGAUCAAGGUCGAAGUCAAAAUUUUACAGAAAAUAAUAAAGCGUUUAUAUUAUUGAUAAAUUAUAACAAAAGUGAAACACGGAUUCUUACGACAAGUAAUGAAGAACAUAAAAUUAUUAUCGUUGGUUUGGAUAAUGCAGGAAAAACAACAAUUUUAUAUCAGUUUUUAAUGAAUGAAGUUGUUCAUACAUCACCAACAAUUGGCAGUAACGUUGAAGAAGUGAUAUUUAAAAAUAUUCACUUUCUCAUGAUGGAUAUUGGUGGACAAGAAUCGCUACGAUCAUCUUGGUCAACAUAUUAUUCUCAUACUGAAUAUGUUAUAUUAGUUGUGGAUUCAACCGAUCGUGAAAGAUUACCAUUAUCAAAACAAGAACUAUUUCGAAUGUUACAAAGUGAAGAUUUACGGACAGCAAGUGUUCUUAUAUUUGCUAAUAAACAAGAUAUUAGAGAUGCAAUGACAUCGGCCGAAAUAUCAAAGCAAUUAUCUCUGACAUCAAUCAAAGAUCACGCAUGGCAUAUUCAAGCCUGCUGUGCUCUCACAGGAGAAGGACUAUAUCAGGGAUUAGAUUGGAUUGCGAGUAGGCUAAAGAAAUGA